GCCCCUCCCUCGCCCCUUUGGCGCCAGAGCCGGACGGCGGCGGCUCCCUUCAGCGCGACACCGCUUUCGUCUCCUGCCAUUCGCCGGAUAUCGCUCUGGCCUUGUCCCGGCAGGCGGCGGUGCUUAGCGUUGUGGUUCCGGGUUCCCGGAGAUCCUGGGGACACGACGGCUGCCGCUUGCUGGUCGUCUUCUUCGCCGCCGCCGGUAAGCACCGCUGUGGGCAGGCCGGAGGGGCAGCUGCAACUGGGCCUGUCGCGCUUGCUGGAUAUGGAUAACAGACACGAAGAGAAGGGUGGGACACUGUGUGCAUCAUCACAAGAGAAGACAAAAGUCAGAGAGAGAGAGAAGAGGAAGCGAAAACGCAGCAGAAGCAGGUCCCCCUCCCUUUCUUCCACUACGUCAUCUAGUUCUUCAACAUCCUCCUCUUCAAGUUCUUCUUCAAGGUCCUCUGCUUCACAUAGCAGAAGCAGUUCAAAUAGCAGAGAUUCUCCCAAAUCAAAAGCAAAGAAGAGGAAAAAGGAAAAACACAACAAAAAGAAAAGGAAAAAAGAUAAGCUGAAGAAAAAAAAAGAAAAGAAAAAAAAGAAAGAAAAGCCAGGCCCUGUACAGCUUUCUAAGUACCUGAAAGAUAAAAAGAAGAAUCAAAACUACAGCAUGAUCACAGGAAAGAAAAUUAAGAUGAAAAUAAAGAAGAGUAAAAAGGAUAAAGAGCGAGAUCGAAACCGCGCUGAACUUCUUGAUUUCUUGAACUCUGCUUUGUAGUGGAAAUGCUACUAAGCAAGGAUCAGUAAGUCUGUCAAUCUGUUUGAUCCUCCUCCUCAAAGCACCAAAUACAAGCUCAAGAGUGAAGAGGUCAAAACACUUAAUGUGUGACAAGCUGAAAUUUUCCUGCUGUGAAGAUAAUUGGUACCUCCCUUUACAACAGUAAAGAACUGAUGGUGACAACCUGCCAAAAAAGAGCCAUAUUGCCACUCCAGGGGCCCUAAGAAAACUAGAGUGAUUGCUUAAUAAUGCUCUAAAGGGAGAUGGCAUGGCUGAUUUUUGACCUACUGUGCACAUCCCAAACUGCAUGCAGAUAACAAAUUUACCACUGGCUGUCCUUUGUCAUUUUUCAUGUUAAAGCUGAACAUUUGCAAAUGAGCUCUUUAAAGAGAAUUUGUAUAUAUAGAUAUUUUUAGUAUUGAGGAUAUUUGUUUGUAAACUGCGAAGCACCUCUUUCUAAGUAGCAAGUAUUCUAGAGGAAUUAAUACAGUAUACUUUUAAAAGCAUCGUUUCAUUGAUGUGAUUUUUUUUCUUUCAGCAGCCUAAUGGCAGUUUAACUAGGUGCUAGGCUAUUAAAUAAAAUAUUCGGGCAUAAUAUAACCAUUAUGUGAAUAUUCUGAAAGUAGCUUGCAUCCUGGUGUAGUUUUAUUUCUUUUGUGUUUCACUGCUUGCUUUUUUAUAUAGUUGUCAUAGUCUAUGUUCUAACAUCCCCUGCACAGAAAGAUGCAUCUAAGUGCACACUUUAAGAAUCCCAGUGGGCCAUCAAUUUAAAUAGAGUUCAGUGGUAUGUUUAAUAGACCUCAGUAGACAAGCGGCCAUGUAAAGUGACUUCACAAUGUAUAUACUUCUAUUUUAAAAUAAACCCAAAUAAAAUCUGUUUCUGAAUUUGA